AUGAACUUGAAUGGUUACAGCAGUGUUGAAACAGAGUACAUUAGGAGGCAUCAUAGGCACGAGCCUGCUGAGAAUCAAUGUAGCUCGGGUCUCAUCAAGCACAUCAGAGCUCCAGUCCAUCUCGUUUGGUCAUUGGUAAGGAGGUUUGAUCAACCACAGAUGUACAAGCCGUUUGUGAGCAGGUGUGUAGUGCAAGACAAUUUUGAGAUUGGGAGUUUGAGAGAAGUUGAUGUCAAAUCGGGCCUUCCUGCCACUACAAGCACUGAAAGGUUGGAACUUCUUGAUGAUGAAGAGCACAUUCUCAGCAUCAAAAUUGUCGGAGGGGAUCACAGACUCAGGAACUACUCUUCAAUCAUUUCCGUCCAUCCGGAGGUCAUUGAAGGAAGACCAGGGACUCUAGUGGUUGAAUCGUAUGUUGUAGAUGUGCCUGAAGGGAACACUAAGGAUGAGACACGCCACUUCGUUGAAGCAUUGAUCAAAUGCAAUCUCAAAUCUCUUGCUGAUAUUUCAGAGCGGCUUGCGGUUCAGGAUAGGACUGAGCCCAUUGAACAGUUCUAG